AUGGAUACCGAAAAAAGGUGCUCCGGUUGUGAUAAUGUUACAACUAGCACAUUAUCUUGUCCAGUUUGUAAGGGGAAAGGGCAAAUUAGCAUAUUCUGUAGUCAGGAGUGUUUCAACACUUCAUGGAAGCAACAUAGCAAGAAUCACAGCUCCGAUGGAGAUGCAAAAUUGAAGGGAGAUUCUUCAGACGAUCCGCACCUAAAGAGGUUUAGAGGCUAUCGAUUCACGGGAGAUCUGAGACCGUGGCCUAUAACUCCCAUUAAACGAGUUCCAAAACAUAUAAGUAAACCUGAUUAUGCCAUCAACGGCAUCCCGUACUCUGAAAACGAUGUAAAAAGUUCAAACCAUAUAAAGGAGUAUGAUCAGAAAACUAUUAAAAAGAUUAGACGUGCCUGUACUUUGGGAAGAAAGGCUUUGGACCUUGCAAACUCUAUGAUAAAACCCGGAGUAACAGCUGACGAAAUUGACAACGCUGUUCACGAAUUUAUUGUAUCUCAUAGUGGUUAUCCAUCACCCCUAAAUUACUAUGGUUUUCCAAAGUCUUGUUGCACUUCUGUAAACGAAGUUGUAUGCCAUGGAAUCCCAGAUUUACGGCCUCUUAAGGAGGGAGAUAUAGUAAAUGUAGACAUUUCCGUAUAUCUUAAUGGAGCCCACGGGGAUUUAAAUGAGACCUUCUUUGUUGGAGAAGUGGACGAAGAUUCAGUGAGAUUGACAAAGGGCACAUAUACAUCCCUAAUGAAGGCUAUAGAACGUUGUAAACCCGGGAUGUACUAUCGCGAAAUUGGCAAUAUAAUAAAUGAUGUAGCCGAUAAAUUCAAUCUAUCUGUUGUUAGGUCGUACUGUGGUCAUGGCAUUGGGACGGAAUUCCAUUCCUUGCCAAAUGUUCCUCACUAUCGCAAGAAUAAAGCUAUUGGAAUAUUAAAACCUAAUCAGGUUUUCACCAUAGAACCAAUGUUAAACCUCGGAGGUUAUAAAGAUACAAAGUGGCCAGAUGAUUGGACGGUAGUAACCGUUGAUGGCAAAAGAUCAGCGCAGUUUGAACACACAUUACUUGUUACACAAACAGGAGUUGAAAUAUUGACGAAACGCUUAGAAUCUUCUCCUCCACUUGGAUUCGAUAUCGAUUUGUAA